AUGGGAUCAUCAACCUUUGGGAAGGUAUUCUCUCUAAUAUCAUUCUUUUUGUUUGUUUCACCGCAUGUUGCUUCUAUUGAAGAAGCUGAUGCUCUUCUUACAUGGAAAGCAAGCCUCCAAAAAGAAUCCCAGUCUCAGCUAUCUUCAUGGACUUUGCUUCCCAACAAUGCCACCGGUCUCAAUUCAAGCACAAACCCAUCAUGUUCUUGGUUUGGUAUUUAUUGCAACCAUGCUGAAAGUGUAAUCGGUAUGAAUCUUACAUAUUUAGGCCUAAAAGGUUCACUCCAUGAAUUUUCAUUCUUGUCUUUCCCAAAUCUCGAAUUUGUCAAUCUCAGUAUGAACUCACUCUUUGGAACCAUCCCACCUCAAAUCAGUUACCUCUCCAAACUCAUCUAUCUUGAUCUGUCCAUCAAUCAGUUCUCUGGAAAAAUCCCACUAGAAAUAGGCUUGCUGACAAACCUUGAGGUCUUGCGCUUGUUUAAAAAUCAGUUGAACUCCACCAUUCCUCCGGAAAUAGGUCAGUUGAGGUCUCUUGAUGAGCUUGCUUUGUACAGCAACUCCUUAAACGGUCCCAUUCCUCCUUCUUUGGGCAAUCUAAGCAAAUUGGCUUACUUGUACCUCUAUGACAAUCCACUAUCUUGUUCCAUUCCUUUAGAAAUUGGAAAUCUUUCUAGCUUAACGGUGUUGGACUUGUCUCAGAACAAACUUUUUGGUUCCAUCCCGACAUCAUUAUGUAACAUCGGAAACCUUACAAUUCUCCAUUUCUUUCAGAAUAACCUUUCUGGUCCCAUUCCAGAAGAGAUAGGAAAUUUGAAGUCUCUUAUGACUCUCGACUUGAGAGAAAAUAAACUCACUGGUCCUCUUCCAGCUUCGAUUGGUAACUUGAGCAAAUUGGAGGUUCUGUACAUUCGUGAUAACCAACUCUCUGGUUCAAUUCCUAGGGAGGUAGAAAAUCUCUUGAAGUUGACUGCAUUUCGAGUGGCCCGAAACCGAUUAACUGGUUAUUUGCCACAAAAUAUUUGCCAAGGUGGAUUGCUUCGAAACUUCACCGUAAAUGGUAAUAAUCUAACAGGCCCGAUUCCUAAAUGCAUAAGAAACUGUACAAGAUUAUAUAGACUUCGUCUAGAUGAGAACCAAUUAACUGGAAAUAUAUCCGAAGUUUUUGGGGUUUAUCCGGACCUGGAUUACAUAAACCUUAGCAACAACAACUUUUAUGGUGAACUUUCACCUAACUGGGGAAGGAGCUCACAACUAACAGAUUUAGAAAUCGCUGGAAAUCAUAUCACGGGUAACAUACCACCUGAGAUUGGAAACGCAACUCGGCUACAAGUUCUUGAUCUUUCUUCAAAUCACUUAGUGGGGGAGAUACCUAAGGAAUUGGGAAGGUUGACUUCUUUGGGGAAGCUUAUACUGACGAACAAUCAACUUUCAGGUGGUAUACUUUCAGAGCUCGGGUCCCUGACAAACCUUGAGUAUCUUGACCUGUCCAUAAACAAACUGAGCAACUCAGUUCCAGAAUGUAUAGGGAACUUCUCAAAUUUGUACUACAUGAAUUUGAGUCACAACGAGUUCAGUCGUGGAAUUCCAACUCAAGUGGCCAAGUUAGUUCAGCUGUCCGAGCUUGAUCUGAGUCAUAACCAACUCACGGGAGAGGUACCAACGGAGUUCGGGAACUUGCAAAGCUUGGUGACAAUGGAUAUCUCCCACAACAACCUUUCUGGCAUUCUUCCGAGCGGUUUGAACGGCAUGCACGGCUUGUUGUAUGUCAAAAUAGCAUUCAAUCAAUUCUGGGGUCAAAUUCCAUGCAACAAAGCAUUUCAAGAUGCUCCGAUAGAAGCAUUGGAGGGGAACAAAGGAUUGUGUGGCAAGGUUCUGUAA